GGGACGUGCCCGAGGACCCGCUUGGUGCGGGUGGGAGCGCGCUCCGCGGUCACGCGGAGCUGGCGCAAGAGGCCUGUGGUCGCUGCGGGCGCACGCCCGGCCCCACCCCCUCUCCGGCACGCUGGCUCCGCGCGAGCUCGCGCACGCGCGCGCGCUCCCGUUCAAGCUUCGGUCUGGCCAGCGGCAACCGGGCGGGUGGCGCUGGGCCGCCUGAGGUACGAGGGGAGGAGCCGGAGCCGCCGCCGCCGCCGCCGCCGCCGCUGCCGCUGGAGAGGAGCAUGUCUGCAACUCGAGCCAAGAAAGUGAAGAUGGCCACCAAAUCGUGCCCCGAGUGCGACCAACAGGUUCCUGUUGCAUGUAAAUCGUGUCCUUGUGGUUAUAUAUUUAUUAGCAGAAAACUUUUAAAUGCAAAACACCCAGAGAAAUCACCACCUUCUACAGAAAACAAGCAUGAGGCCAAGAGGAGGCGAACAGAGAGAGUUAGGCGAGAGAAGAUAAAUUCUACAGUAAAUAAGGAUUUAGAAAACAGAAAGAGGUCUCGAAGUAACAGCCAUUCAGAUCAUAUCAGACGAGGAAGAGGAAGACCUAAAACUGCAUCUGCCAAAAAACAUGAGGAAGAAAGAGAGAAACAGGAAAAGGAAAUUGACAUCUAUGCUAACCUCUCUGAUGAAAAGGCUUUCGUGUUUUCAGUCGCCUUGGCAGAAAUAAAUAGAAAAAUUAUCAAUCAAAGACUUAUUCUCUGAUAUUUGCCUGCAAAAUAUGUUGAAACUGUCUUCAGGAUUACAUCAGCAAAUUCUCAAACAGUUGUGGACUCUCAGGAGCAUUCUGACUGCAUCAAUAAGGGCCACUGAUUGUUUUUUUUUCCCUGUCUUUAGCCUGUGCCACACUUUGGGAGCAAAGCUGUAGGCUUGGACUGUUCUGGGAUUUCCUUGUUUACCAAGGAGUAUUGUCAGUGUUUUGUGUUUGGGAUAUAAGUAAGUAUAUUUACCAAAAACAAAAAAAUAAAAAACAAUGGAUGGCUAUUAAAGGAUAAAGGAAUAGAGGUGAGAGUGGAAGAAUGAAAACUAGGGAAAUAAAAUGCUUGAUAGUUUUCAGGUUUGCCACCAGAGAUGCAAUAUUUUAAGUACUUUGAGAAAGUGACUUUUAAAAAUAUUAUAUUUCAGAUUUUCAGCACUAACAGAUUACAUAUAUACAGUUCAUUUACUUUUAAUAAAUUGGCAAUUGAUAUUUUAUUGAAUGGGGAAUUAAGAAUAUAAACUGUACAUUUUGUCUUAAAUUGAUUUUUUUUUCUUGGCCUUUAUUUUUAUGACUUAAGGUAUGAGUUAUAUUUUGGGAGAUACUUUCUAGACAUUUGGGAAGUUUGGGUGCUAUAUGAAGAAAAACAUUUAAGGAUAUAUCAUACUUCAGAUACAAACAUCUUGUUUUCUUGAAUGUAAUUUAUUUAUUGGUUAAAAAUACCUUUUCUGCUCUCAAGAUGGUGCCUGUUAACCUAAACAUAAAAUAUAUUUAUUACAUACAAAAUAUUUCUUAGGUAGCCUCUUUUAAGCAGUAAUGUUUUAUCUGAAUGGAUGUUCAUUUAUACAUACAGAUAAUUAUUUAAAUUGUUACUUAAUCUCACUCUGGAAAAAAAAUAAAUCUUAAUAUUGAAACUAAUAGAUUAAUAGUGUGGUAUAAGUUUUUGUUCUAUGAAGUUUGUGAAAUAUACUUAAAUUCUUAAUUUUUCUAGUAAUAAGUGAUAACUGUUUAUAGUUGAUUUAUACUAAAUGCUUUUGCAUUUUUGUUUUUCAAUUUAAUAUUAAUAUUCAAACUUGACAGUAAUUUCCCUUAUUUCAGGUACCCCCCACCCUCACCCCAGUGGCUGAAUCUGUUUGGAAGUCCAGAAGCCUUAUUAGGGAAGGUACUCAUCAGAUAGAUUUAGCCUUAAGAGAAUUUCCCUUUGAGUUUUGGUAGUUGCGUUGUCAGCUUCAUCCUGCCUCUCUCAUUACCUCUCAAAAAAAAAAAAAGAUUCACAUGUUGUCCUACUUCAUCUAAAUUGUAGCCAGCAGAGGGAGCUUAAGAGACUCUAGGCAGGAAGUAGAAUUUUUUUUCCCCACAAUCCUUGUAUUUACCUAUAGGUACUACUACAAUUAUCUUGUAUGCAUUUUAAAGCCCUAGUAAUAAAGUUUAUUCCCAAGAAUGCUAAUGUGAUUUUUAUCUUUGAAAUAUAAGAAAACUAUUUUCAUUUUGACAAGAAAAUAUAAAAAUAAUAUCUAAAAAUGCUUUUGAGUAUGUCCUCAGAAAAAGGAAGAAUAGCUUAUGGAGUAGGCAUCUCUAUAAAGAACUAUUGAUGUCAGAGUCUAUCCAUUUAAAGCUGAAGACCCUUAGAGGAAAGUCGUGUUAGAAUAGUCAUGGAUACAAUACGGAAGGAGACGGUGAUUAGGCUGGAACUUACCGUGUAAAGUAGUAAUUUAUUUCAGAUGCUCAUGAUGUUAAAUCAUUGGCUUAUUUAAAAAGUUCUUUGGUAGAGGGGCUAACUAGGCUUUCCCCUAUUUGUGAUAUAACCUAUUCAGGAAAUUUCUCUAAAAAUUGUGUUCUCUGAUAUUUUUAUAAGCUAUCUCAUAAAGCUGAAUUUGUCUAAGAAUGUUGUAAUCGUCUUGGAACAUAUUAUUUGUCAUUCAUUGGUGUUGAAGAAACUGAGAGGUUGAGAUGAGAGGUUUCUUAUGAAACCUCUUAGAUGUCCUAAGAGCAUAAUUAUAAUAAUUUAAUUACAUAAUCCAAAAUUUGUUCUGCUUUAAUACCUAUAAAUGAUACGAUUAUUCAGAAUGCCUUAAAAUGAUUCUAUAAUUAGAUUAGGCCUGUUGAAGAUAUGUUCAUUCUUAAAUGUGAACAAGAUUAAAUGUAUUUGGGAAUUGUUAGGCUGAACUAUACAAAUUCGUAUGUUUAUCUCCCCACCCAAUCCCAUGUAUUCCAAAAUGUUUUGGGGGAGGCACUUAAGAUUUUGAGAUUUAAUUUUGUUUUUUUAAACAUGAACAUUUCUUAAGUUUUUAUGGGCAGAGAAGCCUUAGGUUACUAUGUUCAAUGUAAGGUAUUUAAAAGUAAGGAAAUACUGCAAAUUAUUUCUUCUGUAGAAAUCAGUGGAAAUGAUAAACAUCUUGAGACAGUUUAUAUUAUGAUGAAAUAAAAUUUAAAAUUACAAAAUGACUUAAAAAUUUAGCCAGAGUAAAUUGACACUUCUUGAAAUUUCAAAAGUAUUUUAAAAAAUAAUGCUCAGUAUGUUGUGACAUUUGUGGUGUUUCCUAAAAGUAAUGUGUUUUUUCUGAAAUAAUUCAAAUUGAAAAGUGUUUGACUUUCUAAACGCUGGUAAUUGCAUUUGAUUCUCUAAUUCUGACUGUAAAAAUGUCUUAGUAAUACAUGUAAUUUUUACUUUCAA